AUGACCGAGGACGUCCAACAUAAGACCAGCCCGAGUCCCACCGGAGCUACGGCCGAAAACCCUCGAGCACAGCUAGAGAGCCUCAUUGAGCGAGCCGCCGCCAAAGAUGCUCUUAAGGAUUUCGAUUCGGCCGCCGAAAUUUAUUCCGAGGCCACAGAACUUCAAGCCAGAUUGAAUGGAGAAUUGUCGCUUGACAACGCCGAUCUACUAUAUGCCUACGGGAAAGCUCUAUACAAUGUUGCCGUGAGCAAAAGUGACGUCCUUGGCUCGAAGGUGGCAGGCGACGCGCAGCCCCAGCCAAGCAACGCACCGGCUCAAAAUACCUCAUCAUCGAAGUCGACGACUGGCGAUGACAACCCCAUCCAAAAAGCGAUUGCUAGUGGGUUGACUCCGACGGGAGCGGCCGGAGAAAAUGCGCAAUCUGCGUCAAUUGGGAGCAAGUCGCUUUUCCAGUUCACCGGUGACGAAAACUUCGACGACUCGGAUUCCGAGGAGGAAGACAACAAGGAAGAAGAUGGCGCCGAUGAUGGCGAAGAUGAUGAUUUUGCCAAUGCCUUCGAAGUUCUUGAUCUGGCCCGCAUACUUUACCACAAGAAGUUAACAAUUGACGACGAAAGUGGGAAAGGAAAGUCGGCCGACUUAUCACCCAACAUCCGACAUCUCAAGGAGAGGCUCGCGGACACGUAUGAUUUACAAGCGGAAAUUUCCUUGGAGGCCGAACGAUUUAUGGAUGCAGUUGCCGACCUAAAAACUGCCCUUGAUUUGCGAAAGGCGUUGUUCGCAAUGGAAGAUCCAUCUAUUGCUGAAUGCCAUUACAAACUUUCACUUGCCUUGGAGUUUGGGUCAGUUCAAAAAGCAGACACUGACCCCGAAGGCGAUAGUAAUGAUCAGCGGGGCAAAGUUGAUGAGGAAAUGAGAAAGGAUGCAGUAUUCCACAUGGAAAAGGCUAUUGAAAGCUGUCGUGUCAGAAUGACUCUAGAGCAAACCAAACUUGAGCGCGAAGGCUCUGGAGAUGAGGAUAAAACAACGGCUAUGAAAAGAAAAAUAGCCAAUGUGAAAGAGAUCAUCGGUGAUAUGGAGCAAAGACUUGUCGAUCUUCGUCGCGGACCGAUCUCAUUAGAAGACGACGAGCAAGGUGAAGCUGUCCUGCAGGGUCUUCUAGGCCAAAUCAUGGGACAAUCUGCUUCCGAGCAAAAGGCAAAACUAGACGCAGUUACGAAAAAUGCCAAUGACCUCUCUUCACUUGUCAAGCGGAAGCCAAACGAAGGUCAUAAGCGUCCAUCUCAUGAAGACACACCCGAAAGCAAUGCGAAAAGAGCGAGGAAAGACAACAGCACGUCUGAUUGA